CUUUGUCCCCUGGGAUCGUGCCCGGAACCCACACGCACCUCGCCAUCGUUACGACACGAUGCCCACGCGCGCUCCUUGAACCGUAUACGAUUCCCUCCCAUCGCUGGACUUGACCUCUUCGGCUUCUGAUAUUUGUGCGGGCUCAGCCUUGCUAAAGCGCUGCGCCGAGGAGGGGCGGGACGGGAUAGCUGGGAAGACAUCUCCGUCCCUGUCCCGCACGCAGCCAGCUCACUUGUCGAUAUGCCGACACUCCAGGUCAAACCGGCCUCUUCGGAGCUCCUCCAGCAUGUGGCCGACUCUCUCGGCAAGGCAAAGAAGGUUGUCAUCAUCACCGGUGCCGGCAUAAGCACCAAUUCAGGCAUUCCGGACUUCCGUUCCGAAAAUGGGCUUUACUCACUGAUCCAGGCCCAGUUUGAAAGGGCCGAGGCGGGUUGUCACAAAGAAACCGAGGGGCAGGCCGUAGGUUUUGCCAUAAGCGGCCGCCCGGUAAAGAGAAGAAGGAUAUCUUAUGCAAGUGAAAAGUCCUCGACAGGACAGGAGCCCACUUCUAAAGCAACACCCUCCUCGACCGGCUCUGCUACUCGUGGCAGAACGAGCGCUCCGGUCGACCAUGCUAAUGCAGAUGUCCAAAAGCCCACCCCGCAUGCCAUAGAUGACAGUUCCGUGAGGCGAGACGCAGUGACCCCUUCUGAAGCAGCGCUUCAGAGACUUGCCCGGUCGCAGCCGGGGCUCCGACCGCCAUUGCCUCGACACAUAAUACAAGCGUUCGCACCCACGUGUGCACAAUCAUCCACCAGCGACGAGGCCUCAUUGUUAGCCUCGCAAUCUUCCCAGUCUUCGAGUGCGUCUCCCCGUACUGAGGACUCGUGCCCCUCCACCGCGAGUGGUUCUCAAGGCAUCCCGACAGGAGCAACCACCCCGAGUGCUCUUCCCGCCGAAACCUUCAGCUCAUCGCCGCUAUCAUCGCCGCCGCCCAUCCUCUUCGACCCUUUCGAGAUUACCAAUUCAUCUAUAGAUGGCAGUUUCCAAGAAAGUACUGGAAGUUCCGACAUGUCCGAUUUCGAAGAGACACAAACUUCCUUCCUCGCCUCCCAGACUUCGAAUCCCAGCAUACGCAACAUGAAGGGGCGGGAUCUAUUUGAUUCCAACAUAUGGGCUGACCCCUUAAAGACGUCUGUUUUCUACCGAUUUGCCACGACCUUGAGACAGAAGGUGAAGGAUGUGAAGCCGACGAAGACGCAUCACUUCAUUGCCCACAUUAGAGAUUCCGGAAAACUUGCGAGGGUAUAUACGCAGAAUAUCGACGAAAUCGAGAAAAAAAUCGGGCUUCGCACCGAUCUAAGGAGUGGUGCGGGCAAUCGGAGGCGGAAGUCUGCUAAACAACAAUUGAUCAGCCUUGAGAAGGACUCCAAGGAAAACUCUGAAGUGAUCACUGGUGUAGAGGACCCAGCUAACGUGGAUCCCAUACAACCCUCACAGGGGUCCGACGUCUCGGGACGAAUCCAUACUCGACCGGCCGCGACUCAAGACAAAGGUGUCGAAUGUGUGUUUCUCCAUGGCUCCCUGCAUGCCCUCCGCUGCUUUGUAUGUGGAAAGCUAUGUGACUGGGAUGAAGCAGAUCGCGAGUCUUGUACUAUGUUGGGCGAGCAGCCCGAAUGCCCGCAUUGCGCAGGGGCAACCGCAGCAAGGCAGGAGAAGGGUAAGAGAGCCCUAGGCGUUGGUAAGCUCCGCCCAGAUAUCGUCCUCUACGGAGAAGAACAUCCGCAGUCUGAUCUCAUUUCCCCUAUUGUCCAACACGACCUAUCUGCCGGCCCGGAUCUCCUCCUGAUACUGGGCACGAGCCUCAAAGUGCACGGGCUCAAGGUGAUGGUCAAGGAAUUCUCCAAGGCUGUGCAUAAGAAGGGCGGCAAAGUCGUCUUCAUCAACUUGACGAAGCCGUCCGAGAGCGUAUGGGGCGAAAUCAUAGACUACUGGAUAGAGUGGGACUGCGAUGCCUGGGUUGACGAUCUGAGGGAUCGAAAACCGCAGCUUUGGUUGUCGUCAAGCGAAGUGAUUGAGCUCGAGAGGCAGAAGCGCGAGGCUCUAGCCGAGAAGAAGAAGGAGAGCAUGUCGAAACGGCGCGAGAGUGCUAUCGAGAAGAAGCGAGACAGCCUCGAGGAAAAGCGACAGCGGAAGACCGAAGCGGACAAAUCUCGACCACCACCCAAGCAUCCCGCCGCCAUGAGGAACGACUACCAAUGCGGCGCGUAUGUUGUCUGGGAGAUAUUCCAAACCCUAGCGAAGAUCGGUGAUCGUCCGUUCGAUAAUCUGGGUUAUACGCCUCCUCGUCGGUCUCCUCCGGGCGAUCCCCCCCCUUCCGAAGCCCUUAAGCGCGACCCGCCCGUCAAGAAGAAGAAGAGAGCGAGGAAAUCAGCUCCAGCAGCUCUAGCAGUUCUUGCUGAAUUUGAGAUGCGCCCGACGUCGGUCGUUACAACGAAACCGGUGGCUAAAUACAACAGUCGGAGCCAAUACGCCAAAGCUGCACAAGAGCUGGCGCGAACGGGUAAAUCGCCGACGCCUGUGAGGUUAGCGGAGCUCAACGGCUUGGCAACGCCGAAUGGGAAGAGCCAGAUGUCGCCGUAUAACCCGCCCAGCUCUAUCACGGCCGCCGUCAAGGUUAAUCCUCGUCAGCGAAAACGGAAAACAAUCGAUGGGAUCCCAGUCGGUAGUGUCGCUUCGCUGGUUGGCAGGCCCAAGCUUCCACUGCCCGUCCCCCUCAACGUCCCGAGAGAGGCGCUCCCCCGGAGCGAGUUCGCUUUUGCGACUCCGAGCCCUCUCCCACCCCAAGGCCCGAUUUUAGCCCCGUUACACCCCGGUUGGGAGCGAUCCCCGCCGGCGAAGAUCACUCCCCUAGAGCCAAGCUUGGACAUCUCCCCACCAAGCCCCCUUGCCGACCUGCCGCCAGUGCCCCGGUCGCAGGUCUUCGCGCUCCGCCAGUCUACUCAUCCCAUGAUAUUUAGCGACCCUCUCGUCAAAUUACACUACGAGACUACCAAUUACAGAAAACCGCCUCAGGAAGCCAGUGCGGCUACCGAUGAUAAGACACCCAGUCCCUCGGACCAACUACGGCGGGAGCUAGCUCGACGGAAAGAGCUUGAGGAGGCAGAGGCGCCCGGAGGAUUGAAAGGUUCGUGAUGAGGCGUAGCCGGUUUUUUUUUUUUUUUUUGGUGAGCGCCUACUGUUUGAGCAGACUUAUUAUACCCGUUGUAGAAUAUAUGGGACGCCGAACCCCUUUUAGGCCUUUCGAAGGCAAAC